AUGGCUGAACAGCAAGCCCUCGUCACAACAGUGAGAAAUUUGGAGCGUCAAAUGGGACAGCUUGCCAGUGCUCAAAACACUAGACCAGUUGGAGCUCUUCCAAGUGACACUGAAGCGAAUCCUAGGGCAGCCCUUAAUGCUGUAUCGUGUAGGAAUGGGAGACAACUAGAAGAAGUUCAGUCUAAAAAGAGGAAACAGGUGACUUUUGAUGAGAGGCCAACCACUAUAGAAUCAACAUCAGAAAAAGCUAAGGAGCCAGAGAGGCCAGCUGGAGAGGCUGUGGCUGAGCAACCCCCACAAUUGGUUGCAAGGCCACCACCUCCAUUCCCGCAAAGAUUGCAGAAAUUAAGAGAUAAUGUCGCAUAUAAAAAGUUUCUUGAUACCUUAAAGCAGGUGCAAAUUAAUAUUCCAUUGGUUGACAUCUUACAAGAGGUACCCAAAUAUACAAAGUACAUCAAGGACAUUGUGGCAAAUAAAAGGAGGCUAACCGAGUUCGAGACUGUGGCACUCACUGAGGAGUGCAGUUCAAGAAUUCAGGGCAAGUUACCUCAUAAAUUGAAGGAUCCAGGUAGUUUCACUAUCCAAAUCUCGAUUAGUAAAAUUGUUGUUGGGCGAGCUUUAUGUGAUCUUGGAGCGAGCGUCAAUUUAAUGCCGCUAUCUGUGUUCAGACAGUUGGGGUUGGGUGAGCCGCGCCCAACAGUUAUCUUACAGUUAGUUGAUCGCUCCCUUGCUUAUCCUGAGGGAGUGAUUGAAGAUGUACUAGUUCAAGUGGGUUCCUUCAUAUUCCCUACUGAUUUCAUUAUCUUGGAUUACGAGCCUGAUCAGGAAGUCCCAUUUAUUUUGGGGCGUCCAUUCUUAGCCACGGGCUGA